AGCUGCGCGCGCGGACGCUGUGGCCGUUGCUGGCGCGCGCGGGGCCGUGAGGGGUCGGUCUGUCCCGCAGGCGCUGCUGGGCCAUGGGAGCCAAGAAUAAACUAUUGCAGGUCCAGGAAGCCUUUCAGCUGGCCCAGAAGCCUCACCAGAACCACGCGAAGCUCGUGGUGGCUCUGAAGAGCACUUAUGCUCAGUUGGAUGAUAAAGAAGGCUUUAGUGAAAAAUUCAUUCACUUCCUCAAGUACGCUAUGAUAAUCUACAGGCGGGAACCAGCAGUGGAACAAGUGAUCAAUUUUGCAGCUAGAUUUGUUACUUCAUUCUAUCAGACCGAGAAAGAAGAUGGUAGUGAGGAGGAAGAAGAAGAUAAUUUACUUCUGAAUUAUGUGUUUAAAUUUCUGCUUGAGUCUCACGAUGCCAGCAGCCACGCGGUUAGGUUCCGAACCUGUCAGCUUGUUAAUAAGAUUUUAGGAAAUAUGCCAGAGAAUGCUGAGAUUGAUGAUGACUUAUUUGAUAAAAUUAAUGAAGCUAUGCUGAUUAGACUUAAAGAUAAAUUUCCAAGUGUGAGAAUUCAAGCUGUCUUGGCCCUGUCAAGACUUCAAGAUCCUAAGGAUGCAAACUGCCCUGUUGUUAAUAUUUACAGCACGUUGCUUGAAAAUGAUUCAAACUCAGAUGUGAGACGUGCUGUGCUGUCAUGCAUUGCUCCCUCAGAAAGGACUUUGCCAAUAAUUGUAGGCCGUACCAUGGAUGUCAAGGAGGCUGUCAGGAAGCUGGCAUAUGAGGUUUUGGCAGAAAAAGUUCACAUGAGAGCUUUGACAAUAGCACAGAGAGUUAAAUUGUUGCAACAAGGACUUAAUGACAGAUCUGAUGCUGUUAAGGAGGUAAUGAAGAAGAAGCUACUUAAAGCCUGGUUACAAUUCACUGAAGGGGAUGUUUUGGAAUUGCUUCAUAGACUGGAUGUAGAAAACUGCCCAGAAGUGGCCAUCCCAGUAUUAAAUGCUAUGUUUUCAUUAUCUCCACUUCAUGACAUUGUUCAGAACUGUAAAAACCUCGAUAGCAGAAAGCUGAUUCCACUGGAGGAUUUAACAGCUGAGAAUGUGUUAUAUUGGAGAUGUCUUUGUGAAUAUCUAAAAUCAAAAGGUGAAGAAGGUGAACUUGUACUAGAACAGGUGUUGCCAGAAACAGCUAUAUAUGCAGAUUAUUUAUUGAGUUAUCUUCAGAAUAUGCCAAUUCUCAGUGAAGAAGAAAAAGAAGACUUCAAUUGUUUUGAAAAACUGAUGACAAAAGAAUUUAUAGGCCAGCAACUGAUUCUAAUCAUAGGCUGCAUGGAUACCAUGGAAGAGGGAGGAAGAAAGCAUCUGCUAGUUAUUUUACAAAAGAUUCUCAUUUUACCUUCAACUUCAGCAGCACUUAUACCUCUGCUUGUUGAAAGAUUGCUGAGUAUUGUUCAGGAUGAGGACAGAAAGAUUCAAAUUAUUGCAGAAAUUAUAUCCGAAGUUCGUGAGCCAAUUGCUGCAGUUGAGCAGCCUGUUGAUGCUGCUGAAAUAAGAAAGCGGGAGCUUAAGCUGGCUGAAAUAAAAGUGAAACUUUUUGAAGCAAAGCAAGCGUUGGAAGAAUGCAUUGCUCUUCAGGAUUUUAACAGAGCAUCAGUAUUAAAAGAGCAAAUAACUGAGUUGGAGCACACAAAAAAUGAUCUGAUAAAAGCAGCAGAGCAAGUUGAAAUUAAAGAAAUGCGUGUGGAGAAGAAUGAUCCUGAAACGCUGUUGAAGUGUCUGACCAUGUGCCAUGAGGUUCUGAAGAUCAUGUCGCUUUCUAAAGGAAUCAGUCCAACCAUUAAUGAAAUCAUUCAAUCUCUGAUACUUCCAGGUGUAACUAAUGUCCACCCAGCUGUGAGAAAUAUGGCAGUUCUGUGUUUGGGUUGCUGUACCCUUCAGAAACAAGAAUUCGCCCAACAACAGCUUCCACUGCUGUUACAGGUUUUACAAAUAGAUAAUAUAAAGAUAAAGCUCAGUGCUUUAAAGGCAAUCUUUGAUCAACUAAUGCUGUUUGGAAUUGAACCUUUUAAAACCAGAAGAGACAAUGACUCUCAAAGUGAAAGUGCACACACUAGAACUGAAAAUGGUGAUGACAAAAGUGAAACAAUAGAGGAGGAAGAGGAGACUGCCACAGUUCACAGCCUUCUGAAGCUUCUUUCUGGUUUCUUAGACAGUGAGUAUUCAGAGCUUAGGACAGAAGCUGCAGAAGGCAUUGCCAAACUGAUGUUCUCUGGGAGGCUGAUCAGUGCCAAGCUCCUUUCUCGUCUCGUGCUGUUGUGGUAUAAUCCCGUCACUGAAGAGGAUACUCGGCUCCGACACUGUCUGGGAGUUUUCUUCCCUUUAUUUGCUUAUGCAAAUAGGUCUAACCAGGAGUGCUUUGAAGAAGCUUAUCUUCCAACUCUGCAAACACUGUUAAAUGCUCCUGUAACAUCACCUUUGGCUGAAGUAGAUAUCAGUAAUGUUUCUGAGCUGUUAGUGGACCUCACCAGACCAAGUGGACUGAAAUAUCAGUCCAAGAAGUCUCAGGACUAUCAGGAGUUAACAGUGCAUGAUACUUUAGCCAUGAAAAUUUGCACCGAAAUCCUGGUGGACCCGACUGCACCAGAUGUCCGUAUUUAUGCAAAAGCUUUAAAUUCACUAGAACUCAGUAGUUCAUCUACAGAGAAUCUUCUGGUGUUACUCAGUGAGAUUCAAGAGAAAGUGGAAGAUAAACGAUGUCAAAGAGCUAUUGAGAAGAUCCAAAUGAAAUUGAGCAAGGAUCCUAAUGUGGGCAAAAACCACACUGGAAGAACUGAGGAAACCUGUCUGUCUGAAAACACCCAGGAAAGAGACAUCACAUUGUCUGAAAACACUGUUCACAAUGAAGAAGAAAAUAAUAAAGAUGCUCCUAAUACUCCAGCUAACGAAUUUAAAGAAACUCCAAAAUUAAGAUCUACAAGAACCAAAACUGGCAAAGGACAGCGGAAAGCAGCAGAAGUGAGGUCUGUGAGCAGAAGAAAAACUGGUGCAAGUGUAAAACGUGGUCUUGAAAGUUGUGAGCAAAUUCCAGAACCAGCCCCAGUGUCAAGUUCAAGGCCUCAAAGACGAGCAAAAACUCUGGCACUGGAGAAAACCCGAAUGAAUCUUUCAAGACUAUUGAACGAGGAAACAGAUGAGUGAAGACAAAAGGAUAAAGUGCCUUUGUCAACACUGGUAAUUAACAUCAGAGUUGAAAAUAAGAUUUUUCUCUUGCUAGUCGUAUUUACUCCUUUUAUAUGAAUAAUUUAUAAUUCUACAUUUCUAUAUUAGUUUUUUUAAAAUAGAUGCUUGUAUUUCUUGUAUUUCCUGAUAUAAAGUCCCUCUUUCAUGUAAUAAAAAUGGAUUAAAAUAUUACCUGAACUAAACUUGGAUUUUUUUCUUUUACUUAAUAGGGAAGAAUGCAUCUUACCUGCAAAUAAAAAUUGCUGUUGGUACUAAGUAUUCCAUAGUUAAAGCUGUUUUGAUAUUUUUACAGGAACGGAGAGUGGUUGCUUGUGAUGGCAGCAAUUUUGAAUGUACCUACUUUUAUGGCACCUACUUUCAUUUUUAUAAGGUUUUAUAACAGUAAAACUUGGUCAGCAGAUGUGUGUAUUUACUGUUCCUGUUAACGUAAAACAGAGUUGAUCUUAAUUGUGAACUCUGCUUCCUGCAGGUGUGUCUCCACUUUAUUGAACAUUGUCAAAGUGGUAAAAGUGAGUAACUGAUUUUACAAACCCUACUGGAAGUCUACUGGUGCUAUAUAUUGUUAUAUAGAAUCAGUGAUGUGCUUUUAGAAAAGCAUAAAAACAUUUGUGGUACAAAAUAAGAUGUGGUAAGGAAAGCAGUAUUAAAGUACAGACAGGGUAAGAACCGAAGUCCUCUAAGGUCAGUAAUGUGUCUCUUUAAAGAAGUAUCCAAUUGUUAUUUCUUUGUAGCUCUGAAGUUCAAAACACGUAGGAAGGGUCAGGAGUUUCACAGGACAGCGGCUGAGACUGUGAUCACACAGUAGUGACUGGAGUUGGAAAUACUGGGGCAGUCGUGUCCGUGUGGCAGUGGGGUCAUUUUGGAGCAGUUAGAACAAACUCACUCGAUUCCUCGACAUGCACAUCUCAACUAUUGAUGCCAAAUGCAGCUUUCUAAGGAACUUGCAUUUUAAAUGGUAAAUCUGCUACAAGUGAUUUUUGGUAAUUCUCAGAAACAACUUAGGAACACAAAUGAAAUAUAGUAUUCUAAAAUGUAAUACCCAAAGUAUUACGCUGUUGCCAAGCUUGCAUAUUGGAAACAGGGAUUGUGUUGCUUUUCAUCCUCUGCAGAUUCUGUUGGAAACUUGUCAAACUGCAAAAUGUCACAACACACUAUUCCGCUGGGAUUUGCUCUAUUCAGAAGCCUCUGUAACUGUGAUGAAUUAAUUUUGUACUUUUAAACACAUGAACUAGACCUAGACUUGACUGCCUGUUAAAUAAUGGUAAAAUAGCAGUGCUCACUCAUCAAACAUUGAGAUCCCAUGUUUAUUCCCACACUAGUUUUAGUUUCCUAAAACCAAUAUUGUGAUCCUUGUUUGCUUGUGUAUUCAGUCUCUUCAGCCUACACACUAAAACAGCUUCUCUUGAGAACAGGCCUUUGGCCAGCUGCUCUCCAGGCUGAAGGACAGCAGAGCUGGUGAGCUUGGGUUAUGUCUGAAAACUCUCGAGUCAGCAGCCAACUAGAACUCAAAGUAAUAAUAAUAAUAAUAAUAAUAAUAAUUUGUUUAAAAAACAGGCUUCUGCUUGGAGCUAAGGGAGACAUGUCCAAACCAGUGAGGUUCUGGUAUUUACUGGGUCUUUGAAAUCGGAAAAUCCAUGUGGCAUCUCCUCCCCUGGGCACACAGUUCCAGCUGCAUUGACUCCAGUGCUUGUAAGACUUAUGUCCUGCCUGGCUCCUUACUAAUCCUUGUGCUUUGGUGGGGCUCCACUGAAGUCAACUUCAGUUCCUCUCCCCUGGGAACUUUAAUUCUCCUUUUGGCUUUCUUGCUCCACAGAAUCCACAUGCACGUAACAGCUGAGAUACAUAAAGACCUUCUAAAUAGCUCAAACCAGAUGAAUGUUUAUUCUUUUAAUCACAUUCUGCACUUUUAAUCAUGUCCAAUGUUUCAAUACUCAAUACCCUCUUGGGAUCUUGUGACACCAGAAUUCAUAACAAUCUCUUAGUGACACCAGAAUUCAUAACAAUCUCUAUCUCAGUUACUGGAUUGCACCUGCAAACAAAAAACCCCUGUAAAGAGGGAGUGCAUCUUCAGUUUUGUAAGGCGAAUCCUUAAAACCUUUGUUUUAU